UGACAUAAUUCAAGAAGCUGUCACUGAAAAUAUAUUAAUUUGAUCAAAGGUAAGCGAGAAAUUGAUUAUAUUAAUGCUGUUUGGCUCACGCACGAUGCUGACCACCUCAGAAAAAGCUAUCGAAGAAAAAAUAUUUAUUUUGUUUAUUGUUACCAAAUGCUUUAAGGAAAGAUCUCGUUAUGCCUUCGGUUCGACGCAGUUAAUCAUUCUCCAUCUGGUACAAUUUAAAUAUAUACUUCUGACUCAAAUUGUUAAUCUAUAUUUAACUUUUUUUUUUUAAAUUGACAGUUUGGUUUCAUAAUUCAUGUAGAAAACAAUAAACAUCAUUGUAUUUUCUCAACAGUUCAGGUGGAGCUAAAAGACAAAUUAAAAUUUUCGAUAUAUUAAUCAGCAUAAAACCUGUUGGAAGAUUAGAAAGCGUGGAACUCGGAUUAAAAAGUAUCACUUUGAUUAAAUGUAGAUCUUAUUGUAAGAUGUGUUAUUAAUUGAGAUGGGGCUUUACCAAAGAGGGGAAGAUUUUUUUAUGCACAGAGACUGUUAUAAUAAAAAAUAAUUGUUUAUCUAACAGUGUGUAUAUAUAUUACUAUUUGUUCAUGUAUUUAUUAUAUUACAAAUUUAAAAUCUAGUAUUAUAUAUCCUAUUUAAACCUGUAUAAAAUAAAGUUGACUUCAUUGACCUGAAGAUUAGCAGGUCUUCGAUUGUAUCAUAA